GUCACGGCAAAAAGAUAUGGAAAGAUGGCAAAGUACACACAGUCACAAACACAACGUCGCAACUUGACUUGCACACACAGUGGAUGGAUGGACUGAUAGAAGGACGGGACUCGCUCUCGAGGACAGUCGCAACGGUAUGGCGGGGCAGAUAAUUAUUUCGGCGGCGGGGUGGAGGGGAAUGUGGGGCCUCGAUCUGCUUCCAAGUUCAAAAGAUGAGACCAGGGGCCAGGGGUCCUCCUUUUUUAGAGCGAUAUCCACCCAAUUAUCCCUGUGACUCAGGCCAAGAAGGGAGGCUGUCAUUCGGCGUAGAUGCAUAUAAAAGAAUGAGAACUGUAUUUACAGGUUAAGAAUACCGCGUAUGGGUAAUGAUUUAUCUCACAGGUCAACCCCAAUCCUGUCACUCAUACAAACUCUUUCUCUUCCCACUUCCACUCUCAAGGACUCCCACAAACAGCCAAAAUGACCGAAGCCCGCCACCAAGUCAACUUCAUCACCGGCAACGCCAACAAGCUCUCCGAGGUAAAGGCCAUCCUCGAGCCCGCCAUCUCUGUCACAAACCAGUCCCUCGACCUUGUCGAGAUCCAAGGCACCCUCGAGGAAGUAACCAUUGACAAAUGCCGCCGCGCCGCCGAACUCGUUGGCGGUCCCGUCUUGGUAGAAGACACCUGCCUCUGUUUCGAUGCUCUGCAGGAUCUCCCAGGACCAUACAUCAAGUGGUUCCUGGGGUCUAUUGGCCACGAAGGUCUCAACAACAUGUUGCUUGCCUAUGAAGACAAGGGUGCCAAAGCUGUUUGCACGUUCGGAUACUCUGCCGGACCUGGACAUGAGCCCAUCCUUUUCCAGGGCAUCACACACGGAAAGAUUGUGCCCGCAAGGGGGCCAAGCAACUUUGGCUGGGAUCCUAUUUUUGAGUAUGAGGGGAAGACAUACGCCGAGAUGGACAAGGCCGAGAAGAACAAGAUCUCUCACCGGAGCAGAGCUUUGGCGAAGCUCCAAGAGUGGUUCGCCAAGGAGAUGACCGCGUAAGUCAAAAUCUGAGAAAUAAAAAUAAUCACAUUGCGGACCAAACGAUCAGUGCUUGAAGUGUUUUACAAAAGCUCUACAUGUCUGAUAAGGCCCUCUAACAUCCAAGAAGGCCCGGCUGCCAUCUCGAUCUCUUGGACCAUCUCUAUUUCUAUCUCCCCCUUUCCCUCCUAAUACCGCCUAGCAUAGCACUCUUGUUUCAAGC